UUACCCUGUCUGUAACUCCUCAACUCAGUCUAAUACAUUUAACGUGGUUAGCUUGUGCCUGUAUUUGUUUUUGACCUGGUGGGUUUGUGCGCACGAUACCGCCUCUUCUGUUACCUCCUGGCAUUUUCAAUUCCUCCAGCAGCAGCAGCCUAUUCAUAGCCACGCUCUUUGUUUUCUUCAAGGUUUCAGCUAAGCUACUUUCAUUGAAUGGCUAUAAUCGUGGGAAGUGACUCCCUAGCUCCUUGUUCAACGUGCAGUUGUGAGUACCUGCGUCAAAUGUUGACCACAACCAGAUUGGCAUCCGUUGUUUUAGCAGGAUUUCGUGCCACCGCGUUGCUUACUGCGGCUCUCUCCUGCUGCAGCCCUGUUUUGGCCAAUGCUUGCUGCUCUACAGCAUGACCACAGCAGUGUCUGCUCAUCUGGUAGUUCUGUCAAAUGAAAAUGGAGGCGGUUUCAAUGUCCAGCCUGGACAACAGCAAGCUGGAGGCCCUAGCUCAGGACAUCCUGUCUGACCUAGUGGAGGAUGCAUGCCUGGGUCUGUGUUUCGAAGUCCACAGAGCUGUUAAACAGGGCUAUUUUUUCCUGGAUGACACAGACCAAGAAAGUAUGAGGGACUUUGAAAUUGUGGACCAGCCAGGAUUGGAUGUGUUUGGCCAGGUGUACAACCAGUGGAAAAACAAAGAGUGUGUAUGUCCCAACUGCAGCCGGAGCAUAGCUGCUUCACGCUUCGCCCCACACCUGGAGAAAUGUCUUGGAAUGGGACGGAACAGCAGUCGUAUAGCCAACCGCAGAAUAGUCACCGGUAACAACACCAACAACAAGUCAGAGAGUGACCAAGAGGAUAAUGAUGACGUCAAUGAUAAUGACUGGUCUUAUGGAGCAGAAAAGAAAGCAAAGAAAAGGAAAUCAGAUAAGAAUCCAAACUCGCCAAGAAGAUCUAAAUCAUUCAAGCAUAAAAGCAGCAUGAUGGGCCCUAGACGUCGUAUGGACAACCAGGAGAGCCCACGCAUGUUGAUGAAAGACGAGGCAUUCACUCAGUAACACACUCGGCUGCAAACACGCGUUCUUGUACCAUUGUGUGUGUGAUCAAACGCACAAAGGCACACACAAGGGAGACCAAUGGCACUUCAGCUUCAGCUCAUAAUGUUGUCAAACCAAUGGACGUUGAUGUUAAAAGUGACAUUUGUGGUGUUUGAAGCAGUCUUGAACUCCCACUCUAUACUUGACAGAUUUAUUUUUAUUCACCAAGUCAUCGUACCAACAUCUUUUUUUCCCCUUCUGUUUAAUUCAUUUUCACUUCAAAACAGUGAGUAUCAAAACAUACAAGUUGCUGCAGAGAGGAAGACUGUGGUGGGAUUGAUUCAGCAGCUGAGCAGAGACAGCAGUGUCUACAAAUUCAGUAUUUUAUUUCUUGCAAUAUAAUAAAAGAUGAGUACUGAUAUUUCCUCAUCUUUUGAAAGUAUCAUUCUUUAAAAAAAAAAACAUUAAAGACAAUCAUUGCUAAUGGUUUGUCUUUCAUUUUCACAUUUUCUGUCAGGGCUGUAGUUGUUCAGCUGAAUCACAAGCACCUCUGUUCGUUGACCACCUGUGGAAACUUGUUUUAAAAUUUUCAGUCAAUGAACUUCUAAUUGUACAAGCAGGUACCUGCAGAAAGCAGGUUUUUUUUCGUUUCUGUUUUGGUGGAUAGAUCAUGUUUUCUAGCAUUCAGAUAUGUUCUUUGUAUCAUGUGUUUACAUAGUAAAGGGUUACAUAUGUCUUUGGUGUGGUGUGAUAGUGUAAAUAUUCUAAUAGUUGAAUUGCUGCUAUCAUGGCUCAGUUUGUUUCAUCUGUCUAGCAUAAUAAAUGAUUUGUUACCUGUCAUAAGGUUUUUUGUUCAUUUGAACGCAGCAGAUACUGGACUGACCAAUAGGGGGUGCUGUUGAUCAAAUGAUCUACACAUUUUAUUUUGACGGGUCGCUAUGGAUGACAGUACAAACCUUACCAAGCUUGAGCUAUUAAACUCUUAAUUUAUUUCAAGAGGAAGCCAGUUACGUUACCCUUUUGUGUGCUUUUUCUCUGACUGCAAUAUAUAGUAAGUAAAUUUAAUUUAUAAAGUACCAUUUAAAACAUGUUACAAUUUGGCAAAAACAGACAUUAGAAGCAAAAAUAUCAACCAGCAAAGCUAUUUAAAAUGUGGAAACACUAUAAAAUAUAAGGAAAAAGUCAUUAAAAUCAAGUAAACUUGUUUCAAAUGAUAUAUAGCAACACAGAGCAAAGAAAAAAAAUGACACACUUUUAGUCUUGACCACAAGACUGAAUGAGUAGGCUUCAAACUGGAACUUUUAAGAGUUUUCUUUUUCAAAUUUGGACUGUAUUAGCCAAUUUUUAAUGUUUUAAAUGUAUCUGCUCUUAAGAUGUUCUCAUUUGUCAGCUGUCAUAACAUUUCAUGAUCAAUACUACAUUAUGAAGAUGCCUUUUUUUUAUGUAAAGCAUCAUUAAAAUUACAGGUGCCUUUUUA